ACUUCGAGUGCUGGACGAUUCGCUGAAGUGAACAGCGCUGCUUCACGUACACAGCUGCAGCGGCGAAAGGAUGUCGGAAAUAAACUUGACUUUGAUUUGAAAGAAUUUGAAGAGGCAGCGGCAACAGAAGAGAUGGAAGUGCUGGGAACGAAGCAGAACGCAGUCAAAUUACAGCCGACAACGACAAAGCCACCACUGAGCACACGCGAAACUACGCCAACUCGAUCAAGUGCUCGUCGUCAAACUGAAAUAGUCUCCAGCACAGCAGCGCCGACAUCAACCAUUUUUGCACCUGGAUGUGAAAUUGACGCAGUUCUGAUCAUUGAUUCGUCUGGCUCUGUGGAGGAGACAUUUAGUCGUGAGAAGGAGCUGGCUGCCGGAAUCAUUCAUCGACUUCGUAUUGGCCCAAACAAUGCCCGCGUUGCAAUCAUCAAAUUUGCGGCCAAGGAAAAAGUAAAGACCGUUUGGUCGUUUGAUCAGCCACAAGUGCGGGAAAAGGUGCUGGAGGCGCUGGAUGGAAUCACAUUUAGUAGUGGCACAACUGCUAUUCACUCCGCAUUGUUACAGGUCUGUACUGCCGCUCUGCUGCUCGAUUAUUGUGCUCUGUUGUUUGUUGCCUAA